UUGUCAUUAGUGUCAAUUGUUUCGGCAUGCAGCAGUGUUUUCUCCGUGCCAUCAAUCGAUUACAUACAUCUACGAAUAUCCAAGGCUUUUGCGAUGGCUACUCAAAUUUCAAUAGAUCAACUGGAUAAAGAUCAAAUAAAAUCAUUUUCAGACUUUCUACUCUCCUACAACAAGUUAUCCGAAUUAUGCUUCAUCGAUUGCGUGAACGAGUUCACUGGACGGACUGUUAGCGAUAAAGAGGACAAGUGCACAUUGAACUGCAUGGAGAAGUUCCUCAAGAUGAACCAACGCAUUUCACAACGAUUCCAAGAGUUCCAAAUGCUGGCUAAUGAAAACGCUAUCGCGGCAGCCCAAAAACUUAGCGGAAAAUAAAGUUGUAAUGUUUUCCAACUUUUAGUUAAAUUACACAUGUACUAAUACAGGAUAGCAUUUGAAACACACAUCUGCAGUCUAUAUUGGC